CAAAAUUUCUGCGUGGGACUUUGACCCUUGCAAGCACCACCACACUCCAGCCAAACUCCAAACUCCAAACACCCAGCGAACCGAUCAAAAUGUCUGGUGGACGUGCUGCUGCUUCUGGAACCAAGUUCAGAAUGACCCUGGGUCUUCCUGUCCAAGCCAUCAUGAACUGUGCCGAUAACUCUGGCGCCAAGAACCUUUACAUUGUUUCCGUUUUUGGCACUGGUGCUCGUCUCAACCGUCUUCCAGCUGCUGCUUGUGGUGAUAUGGUUCUUGCUACUGUCAAGAAGGGUAAGCCCGACUUGCGUAAGAAGAUCAUGCCUGCCAUUAUCGUUCGUCAACGUAAGGCCUGGCGCCGUAAGGACGGUGUGUACCUCUACUUUGAGGACAACGCCGGUGUCAUCGUCAACCCCAAGGGUGAGAUGAAGGGUUCCGCCAUCACUGGUCCUGUCGCCAAGGAGUGUGCCGAUCUUUGGCCUCGUAUUGCCUCCAACGCCGGUACUGUCGUUUAAGCAGCAGGUUUUGGAUGGUCCGUACGAAAGCGUUGUAUACAAAAUCGAACGGCGUUCUUGGAGAAUUGUCUUUGCGUAUGA